AUUGAACUACGCCGUUUAGUAACCCCAAAGUUUCCGCAACGAAGUGGACUCAUCCUGAAGUGCAGAAGCUGAGUGCAAAUUCGCAGUGAAAGCAACUUCGCUUUGGAAAAUUGCCGAUGGAGGAGGGUUCAGAGAAGAGAGAAUUGGAACAUGAGGUGGUUAGCAACGUCGCCGGAGUGAUUUCGGCUAUAAAGAACGCGAAGCACGUCGAUCAAGUUAUUUGCGCCCUUCAUUCCAUUGCUACCAUUCUCUUCCCCGUAGACCCUUCUCUUCGCUCAGAUAGCAUCGACGAAAGUUACCGAGACCAGGUCUUCAGUGUCGAAGUUCCUACUGCAGAAAAGCGAAAUGGUUGGUGGCGUGCGUUUUAUAGAGGAGCUGCUUUUCCCACACUGGCUAGGUUUCUAUUACUUGAUGUUGCCUCAAACUGGCUGGGUUGUUUUCCCUUUUCGGCGCAGAAAUAUGUUUAUGAUGUUUUCUUUGUCCGUGGAUUGGUUUCUGAGGUGCUGCAGAUUUUGGUUCCUUUUCUUCAGCUGAAUACGGUUGAUGGUCUAGAUGUUAAUGCUGUCCUCUCUAAUUCUGAAAGAUUGCUUGUACUGUGCUUGCUUGAAAAUAAAGGGGUGGUCCAGUUAGCAAGAGAGUUUGGUGGCUCUUCUAAAUUGAGAAACGUUACCGAUGUACAUACCAAGAUGGAUGUAUCAAGGGUGGCACAGAUUGUUGCAUCUAUUCCGGACAAAGCAAGAAUGAACUCAUCCACUUCCUUGUCAUCACAUGUGUUCUUCAAGCAGGUUGUUGUGCAACUACUCUCCUUGGCAGAAGAAAGAGAGAUGAUCUUGCUAGUCAAUGUAGAGAUGGAUGAAAUGGACAAAAAUGGUGCAAUGUUUUUUGUAGGGGAAAUGUUUUCUCGUAUUUGUCGCCGUGGCUCUACUGAUCUUCUAUCUAGUGAAUUAAUACCUGAAGUUCUAAGGCUUGUCAAUGGUUGCUUAUCAUCAAAUAAUGAUUCAAUUACUAAGGAGUUGCUCGUGUCGAAACCUAUCAUGGUAUUUUGGUCAAGAAUAAUGGAAUCCAUCAGUGAUCCUUAUACCACAGAAAGAAUCUCUGAGGUGAUUUUGCAGAAGUUAGCUACUCAAGAUGCUAAUGAUGUUCAUGCGUAUUGGCUGCUGUGGUUGUUAUUCCAUCGAAUUUUUAAGCUUCAGGCUUCUGUCAGGUCUAUGUUUGUUGACAAAUUCCUGCUAUGGAAAGUAUUCCCUGUUAGCUGCCUUAAAUGGAUCCUUCAAUUUGCUGUUCAUGAAUGCCCACCUGGUUCCUUAUUAUCAGAACAUAAUCGCCCUGGGCUUUUGAAUACUGUCCAACGUCUGAUGGCAGUAUGGUCUAAGAAAGAGUUUGUGCAAACAGCACCUAUUGAGCAACAAGCUUACAUAUCUGCUGCUCUAGGUCUUUCUCUGGAGACAAUGUCUAAGGAGGAAUUGGAUGGGAUGAAGAAUGGCAUGCAUUUGAUUCUUCAAGGGGUUAGCUGUAGGCUGGAGAGUCCUAAUCAUUUAGUUCGAAAAAUGGCUAGCUGUGUUGCUUUGGCAUUGUCUAAAAUUAUUGAUCCAAAGAACCCCUUGUAUCUUGAUGAUAGCUGCAGUGAGGAGACAAUUGAUUGGGAAUUUGGAUUCACUAUCCUCAAGAAAGGGAAUCUGGCUGCCUCAAAUUGUGGAGAAAAAGGUAUUGAAGAGACUAAAACAUCUACAGUUUCAGGUCCAGAGAAGGACACUAAUUCCCCUUCCAAUAAAGGAAAAAGUACACAUGUAAAGGGCAAAAAGAAGUUAUUGAAGUUUAAUGUGCUUGAUCCAGAUGAGAUUAUUGAUCCAGCAUCACUGAAUCAUGACUCAGACGAAAAUGAGGAGGAUGUUGAUGACAGUGGAAGUGAGAAUUCAUAUUCCUCAAGUGAUUCAUCUUUACAGCCGUAUGAUUUGGAAGAUGAUGACUCAGAUUUGAAAAGAAAAUUUUCACAGCUGGCUGAAGUUGUUGCGGCUCUUAGAAAAUCUGAUGAUGCUGAAGGGGUUGAAAUGGCUAUUGAUGUAGCUGAAAAGCUCAUAAGAGCAUCCCCAGACGAACUAAAACAUGCAGCAAGGGAUCUAACCAGAACUCUUGUUCAGGUUCGGUGCUCUGAUAUUGCUUUAGAAGGUGCUGAAGAAUCAACUGAAGACAAAAGACAAAGAGCAUUAGUUGCCUUGGCAGUCACCUGCCCAUUUGAAUCCCUUGAGACACUAAACAAGCUUUUGUAUUCACCUAAUGUUGAUAUCAGUCAGCGCAUAAUGAUUCUAGAUGUUAUGACAGAAGCAGCUCAAGAGCUUGCUGAAUCAAAAACUAUGAAACCCAAACAUCAUACUAGUUCCCUUAUUUCAGUUGUUUCUGAUACCCGUCCUUGGUUCCUACCUAGCAGCACAGGGACUGCUGGUGCUGGUUCCUGGAAAGAGAUUUCAGGUGCUGGCUCUUUAUUGAAUUGGUCAAAUAGCUACGAGAGGGACCUUCCCCCAAAACAUAAUCAGGUUAAGAACAAGAAGGGGAAAACACGCAGGUGGAGUCUGCGAUCUCCUGCACCACAAAACCAGAUGGAGUAUUCCCAUAACAAGUUUCCCUUGUAUGCUGCUGCAUUCAUGCUUCCUGCCAUGGAGGGAUAUGAUAAGAAAAGGCAUGGUGUUGACUUGCUUGGCAGGGAUUUCAUUGUCUUGGGGAAACUCAUUUACAUGCUUGGGGUUUGUAUGAAAUCUGUAGCCAUGCAUCCAGAAGCUUCUGUACUGGCUCCUUUGCUCCUGAAUAUGUUAAGAUCCAGAGAGGUUUGUCAUCACCAGGAAGCGUAUGUGAGAAGAGCUGUUCUUUUUGCUGCCUCAUGUGUAUUGGUUUCCCUUCACCCUACUUCCAUUUCAUCUGCCUUGCUCGAUGGAAAUGUUGAAAUUUCUACUGGCCUUGAAUGGAUUCGCACAUGGGCCCUUGAUAUAGCUGAGUUAGACACAGAUAAAGAAUGCUAUACGAUGGCUAUGACAUGUCUACAACUACAUGCCGAGAUGGCUCUUCAAACUUCCCGAGCUUUGGAGUCAGCAAGAAGUUCACUCAAGGCAGGCCCUGCACUUACAUCUGGCACAUCCAAUGUUACCAUUAAAAUUCCCUACUUAAAUGGGGAUUAAAGAUGCUUCUGGCUAUUGUGAGUGGCUUCUAGCCCAACAUAUAAAUUGGCAUGUAUGUUGUCAUAGAGAAGGUGUGACGCAGAACUACAGUGGAAAUUCUGGAAGUUAAGAGCCAUUUUAUCUCAGUAGGGUUUGUGGCAACCGCUUGGAAAUCUCAGUCAAGCAAGUCAUAAUGCACCGUUUUUAGAUGAUCAAGAAGUCGGAUUACCUCCACAAACAAUGUGUAUGUAAGCAACCAGAUCAAGUGUUGACUUAUGAAGUAUAGGAGACAAAAUGUUCAUAGAGCAUUCUAGUAAGACGAGUCUCAUCUGAUGCUGAAAAUGCAUGCAUGGCUGUUAGUUUGUGCACGAAAUGGAAUAGCAAGGGAGGUUGAGCAUGAGAAAUUAAAAUACUACUGCAACGCACUCUAUAUUCCUAUCCAACUGAAGCGUGUUUCGUUCACAUCAUGUGGAGCUUGCAUGAGAUCCUGAGUAUAUUUUUGCGGACAAGAAAACAAGCUGGAGGAUGAUUAGAUUUCCAUUCCAUGAUAAUGUUGGAGAAAUUAGUCAUCAACUUAUACAGAAGAAACCGCAUUCACCUUUUCAUGAGUGAAGAUGGCAUAAAAUUCUUAGAGAAAGAUGCCACCAUAUAUAUUUGAGAGCUUCGACACCCUAAGUGAAGAAAACAUUUUUAAUGAUUCAAAUAUGUAGAAAAAAAAAUCAUAUUUAGCUACUAUAAUAAGCAAAAGUAAAUGAACCAAUUUUCCACUAA